CGUCCUGGGCUGGCGGUUGGCGGUUGGCGGCGGCUGCGCGGUGUGGGACAGGCUCCAAGAUGUCAAACCGAGUGGUUCGCCGGGAAGCCAGUCACGCCGGGAGCUGGUACACGGCCUCAGGAUCUCAGUUGAACGCACAAUUAGAAAACUGGCUCUCUCAAGCACAGUCUGCUGGAAGAUCAGCUAGAGCCAUUAUUGCACCACACGCAGGAUACACGUACUGUGGAUCUUGUGCUGCUCAUGCUUAUAAACAAGUGGAUCCAUCCAUCACACGAAGAGUUUUUAUCCUGGGACCAUCUCAUCAUGCCCCACUUUCCCGCUGCGCGCUGUCCACUGCAGAUGUUUAUAGAACACCUUUAUAUGACCUGAGGAUUGAUCAAAAGAUUUACGGAGAGCUAUGGAAGACAGGAAUGUUUGAGCGGAUGAAUAUUCAGAUAGAUGAAGAUGAGCACAGUAUUGAAAUGCAUCUGCCUUACACAGCUAAAGUCAUGGAGAGCCAGAAAGAUGAUUUUACUAUCGUUCCUGUUUUGGUUGGAGCACUGAGUGAUUCCAAAGAGCAGGAUUAUGGGAAACUCUUCAGCAAAUAUCUAGCCGAUCCUUCUAAUCUCUUUGUGAUUUCUUCAGACUUCUGUCACUGGGGACAACGCUUUCGUUACACUUAUUAUGAUGAAUCUCAAGGCGAGAUCUAUAGAUCUAUUGAGCACCUUGAUAAGAUGGGUAUGGAUAUUAUAGAGCAACUAGAUCCUUUUUCAUUUAGCAAUUAUUUGAAGAAAUACCACAAUACUAUUUGUGGUCGACAUCCUAUCGGAGUCUUGCUUAAUGGUGUUACAGAAUUGAGGAAGAGUGGAAUGAACAUGGCUUUUUCAUUCCUGAAUUAUGCCCAGUCGAGUCAAUGCAAAAACUUGCAAGAUAGCUCUGUGAGCUAUGCAGCAGGCGCUUUAAUGGUCCACUGAAUGACACUUGCUCAGGAAGCCACUGCACCCUUGUCCCAGGACAGAUCUCGAGUCCAGCCUUCCCUUCUCAAAAGAUAUACCUCCAUUAUUUGGAGCUGUCUAAUGUUGAACUUUUGAUCUUUCUUCCUCAAAGUGUAGUCCCUCAGUUUUGAUUGACAUGUGCUUUUUUUUCUGUAGGUGGAAGCGGAGAAAUAUGGACAAAGUGUAACUUAGCAUAAGUUGGAGAAUGCUGGCAAUAUUGCAUUAAAAUUGUGCUGUCUGCAGACUUGUAGACGGUACUUGCUUAAAGGUAGUUUCGCAAAGUGUGGAAGAGUGUCUUUAUAAUGAUGGGGUCAAAGCUGCAAUACUCGCAAUAUAGGUCUCCUUCCUAUAACCGGAAUCACCUUGUGCUUGUGCCCAAUCGUGGGAACUCGGCCUUGGAAGUAAUUGCAUUGGAUGGGAGUUCCUGCAGGUGACAGUGACUCACUUUGGUUUAUGGGCUGUUGUGACUCAAGUUGUGAUUAUUGUGGUUUUGAGCCCAUUAUGUCAGUUGCAUUUAUAAUCCUAUGCCGUACUUACUCGGAUAUAUUAACUGCAGUACAGACAGCUGCUGCCCACAUUGUAUAACAAGUAUUUUUUUGUUUAGUUGCUAAUAAAGGGCUACACACCAAAAA